AUGGCUUCAAGAGAUAACCGUCUGUCCGUUUAUGUUGGUAAUCUCCCUCCGAAUACUAUACAAGGGCAUUUCGACUACAUAUUUUCAGGUUGUGAUAUAGAUAGUGUUAGAUUAGUGAGAGACAAACAGACAGACGAAUUCAAAGGGUAUGCUUAUGUAGACUUUAAAAAUGAACAAUCCCUCCAGAAAGCACUAGCUAUCGACGGUGCGAUUGUCGAUGGACGUUCUCUGCGAGUAAAUCUAGCAGGUGAAAGACCUGGACGUGGUGGUGGUGGUCAAGGUCAAUGGGGUAUGAACAAUGGAUAUGGAAAUCAAGGACGUGGUGGUUUCGGUAGUCAUGGUCGUGGUGGUUUCGGGAAUCAAGGACGCGGUGGCUUUGGAAAUCAAGGACGUGGUAGACCUAGCAUGGGUGGUGGACGGAUGGAAAGUUAUGGACGUCCAAAUAGAGGUGGAAUGGGUGGAUUCGGUGGACAACGACAAAGUUACCAUCCUCCAGGACUAUCACGAGAGCAGUUAAAUGAACUUAGUACUAGGAAUCCUCAAUCAAAUUCUACAGAUUCAACCAGUAGUGGUUCGGGUGGUGAUCGACCUAAACUAAACCUAAAAAUCAGAGAGACCCCUGUAAAUACAAAUGAUGAUCGACAGUUAUCAGAGCGUGCCCGUGCAAUAUUCGGUGUCGGGCGUCCUCGAGAAGCUAGUCCAAUUCGAGAAAAAAAGUUGAGUUCUGAAGAAAAUACAACCGGUUCUAGUUAA